ACCCAUAUUGGGGCACAGUGCCUCGGUUCGUGGUACGAAUGUUGGCCACCCAAAUACGCAAAUGUGGCUCCGGCAUCGACCAAACUCCGGUAACCCGUGGCGACCGCAUUCAAAUUUGGGGCCUUCGAGGCAAACUAACCUAAGCCAAGCUGGAAGUCGGAGCGUUGGCCAGAAAUCAGAAAUCAGUUCGGCAGCAGCUAGCCAGGAAGUUGGGACAUUCGCGGAAAUCAAGCUCCAGAGAAUCAACCACCAAACUCAAGGUACUCUCAAGGCAAGCAAGGGCAGAAGGAAGAAAGAUCAUCUGGAAAGAUGUGCGACUGCGGCUGCUACUCCUACUGUCUGCACGACAGCUCCUGCUACAGUCACUACCACUCGCACUCCCACUCGCAUCACUGCUGCGCUGGCUACAAGUAUCUGAAGUGCCUCUGCCGCUACUAUCGCCAUGCUCACUGCACCUGCUCCUGCUGGCGCCGGAAAUGCUAUCUGCUCUAAGAAGUUCCGGAAGGAGGAAGAUUCCUAUAGGAGGCGGAGGAGAAGGGCAGAGGAGUAGCACUCACCUCUCCACAGAGCACUGAAAAUCAAAACUCAAACAACGCAAAUCACCUAAGAAAUCACACGAUAAAGUCCUUUAGGCGGUUGCAUAACACUUGGCUGCAUCCUGACGAGCAAUAGGCGAAGGAUACAAAAAAAAAGUCGAGCUGCAGGAGGCAGAGGUGGACCCAGGAGGGGGAUCCAGUGAGCGAAAGGAAAACAACUAGCGUGCAUACGGGUCGUAUGAGUAACGUCUUAGUUGUGUGCGUGUCUGAGUGAGCGAUUGUGCCAGUUCGGAGUGUGGGGCUGUGCCUGUAUGUGUGUGCCUGCAAAUAGUUCAAGGAUGUGGCCAACAGCGUUAUCGACUGCGUUUGCAUUUUUCAUUUGCGAUUACCCAUAGACACACCCCCCUUGACACCCAGACACCCCAACACACCCAUACACACUCCCCAAACGAAACAACUCUAAUUAGUGCGUAAGUUUUACUUCACACAAUACUCGAUUAACACUCACUCCACAUCGUUUCCGAUCUAUAUCGUACAUAAAUGUUAGUGCGUAGCCGUCAAGUCGACCCAAUUAAGAUUCGCCAUAUUUGUAACGUUUCCAAUCCAAAAACAAUCCAGAAAUAAAGUUUUCUC